CUCUCUCUCUCUCUCUCUCUCUCUAUAACUUGUAUAAGACUCAGAGCUACUCACUCUCACAAUGUUGUUGUGUGAAACACACCAACACGACAAGUGGUUUUAGAAAGUGGACUGAAAGUCAGUGAGUGUUCUUUGAUCUUGAGAGUUAGAGUUUGCUUUUUGUGUUUGGUGUUUGAAUUUUAGGGUUUAAAAAAAUGUGGAGGCUCGUUCGAUCUGCGGCGACGAAUCUCCGCCGGUUCUCGACGGCCAUCCCUGGUCCCUGCAUAGUUCACAAGCGCGGUACUGAUAUUCUUCAUGAUCCCUGGUUCAAUAAGGAUACUGGCUUCCCUUUAACGGAAAGAGAUAGACUUGGGCUCCGUGGUCUCCUCCCUCCUCGUGUGAUAUCAUUUGAGCAGCAAUACGAUCGUUUUAUGGAGUCGUAUCGAUCGCUUGAAAAAAAUACUCAAGGCCAACAAGAAGGCGUUGUGUCAUUAGCAAAAUGGAGGAUCUUGAAUAGACUGCAUGACAGGAAUGAGACGUUAUACUACCGAGUCCUUAUUGAUAACAUCGAAGAUUUUGCUCCAAUAAUAUACACUCCUACAGUAGGAUUGGUAUGUCAAAACUAUUCAGGGUUGUUUAGACGUCCGCGGGGAAUGUAUUUCAGUGCAAAAGAUAAAGGAGAGAUGAUGUCCAUGAUCUAUAACUGGCCUGCUCAUGAGGUCGAUAUGAUUGUCCUGACAGAUGGCAGUCGUAUUCUUGGCCUUGGUGAUCUUGGAGUCCAGGGAAUUGGAAUACCCAUUGGAAAACUUGAUGUGUAUGUUGCUGCUGCUGGUAUCAACCCACAAAGAAUUCUCCCAGUUAUGCUUGAUGUUGGUACCAACAAUCAAAAUCUUCUUGAAGAUCGUCUUUAUUUAGGACUACGACAACCUCGGUUGGAAGGAGAAGAGUAUCUAUCAAUUAUUGAUGAAUUUAUGGAGGCGGUUCAUGCACGUUGGCCCAAGGCGAUCGUGCAGUUCGAGGAUUUCCAAAUGAAGUGGGCUUUUGAGACACUGCAACGGUAUCGUAAAAGGUUUUGCAUGUUCAAUGAUGACAUACAGGUGAGUUCUUGGUUUUGUAUUCUGCUAUUCUCCAUGGAAGCAGUGAAUAAUAUAAUAGGGCUCAAAGUGAUGUGAGAUUAUUAAUGGUAGCUCCACUAUAAUGACAUUGAU